UGGAGCGGAGGCUAAGAGCAGCGUCCACCGCAUCCUCUACCUCCACUGCGCCAUCGCCAAGUUGGACGGACCACCUCGCUGCAGUCAGGUGCGACACCACCUCUUUACCCUUUUCACACGACAAGCCUCCUCACCCACUAUCAGGCCAAAGACCUUUUCAUUUGAACAGACAACGAGUACUGGCUGUGGUGAGAGAAAUGCAAGUAUCUCUGGCAGUGGCCUGCUGAGACAGAUAUUUUCAAUGUCAACUCAAAGAAACCUCUCAUCACUACCAGACCCUACUGUCAGAGAACAUAGUGUCUUGCGUCGACUGAUAUCCACUUCUUCUGUCAGGUCAGUAUCAGAGACAGAUCGCCCACAACUACAUCGUCUUGCAUCUACAACGUCAGAUUGUAGUGACGACUUUGCUGACGAUGAUGAUGCAAUGGAGAGUGCAGAAUGGGGUACAUCACAGUCUCAGGAGGAGAGGGAGUACGGGGAGAUAGAGAGAGUGAUCUACCUGAGGUACCUGAGAGCUUGUGGGGUGAUGCUGGGGCUGGGUUACCUGGCGACUACAGUGUCCUGGCAGGGACUGCGAGUUGUCACAGACUACUGGCUCUCCUUGUGGACAGAGGACAGGCGCAGUCAAGUGUCCAAGGCUCUCUAUUACCUGACAGUGUAUGGGGUGCUAUCUGUAGCUUCCAUCGUCCUAUCCCUCAUCACCAAUGGUCUAGGCCAGUACUGUGGUGCCAAGGCCAGGCGGAGACUCCAUGACACCAUGCUCAGAACCCUUCUCAACUGUCCAGUCAGGUUCUUCGAGACCACACCCCUUGGCAGGAUCAUGAACAGGUUCUCUACAGACCUUGGGAUCAUUGAUAAAGGUAACAAAAUAGCAACAUCGCUCCAAAGACUGCUUCAGUUCCUGCUGUUAUGUUUCUCAGCAGUCCUUGUCAACUGUAUAGUGACUCCUUGGUUCAUAGCGCUAGCAGCACCUAUUUGUCUGGUCUACUACAUGGUGCAGAAAUUCUACAGGUGUUCUACCAGAGAGCUCCAGAGGCUAGACAGUAUGUCCAGAUCCCCCAUCUUGUCCCACUUCUCUGAGACACUCUCCGGACUGGAGACAAUACGAGCAUUUGGGCAGCAGCAACGUUUCACCACAGCACUCUUCCACAAGCUGGACACUCAUACCAACGCCUUCUUGAUCAUUAACUCCUGCAACCGCUGGCUUGGUAUUGCUCUGGACUACUUGGGUGGCCUGAUAGUCUUUGUCGCUAUGGUGGUGUCGCUGGUGUCUGCAGCGUUAUGGCCAGAACUGGUCAGCCCCUCACUGGUUGGUUUGGCGAUCAAUUACACUCUACUGGUUCCUAUAUACCUCAACUGGGUGGUUAAGUUCCUAGCUGACAUGGAGAUGUAUAUGGGUUCUGUUGAGAGAGUCACUCAGUACGCCAGUGCACCCAGUGAAGACUACCGACUUUGCGGUUAUGUGCCUCCUCUCUGGCCAAAAAAUGGAGACAUCAAGUUUCAGAAAGUCACUCUCCAAUAUGAUACAAACCGAGAACCAGUAAUAGUCAAUCUUGACUUACAUAUUCCUGCUGGCCAGAAGAUCGGGAUCUGCGGUCGCACAGGUAGUGGCAAGUCCUCCCUGGUGAUGUCUCUGUUCAACAUGGUGUCUGUGAGCGAGGGCAAGAUACUGAUCGAUGAUGUUGACAUCACAACGAUUCCGCUGAAGAUCAUGAGGUCAAGACUGUCUGUGAUUCCUCAGGAUGUCAUUAUGUUCAGUGGCACCAUUAGAGAGAACUUAGAUCUGAGAGGUGAAUUUUCUGACACAGACCUUUGGGAGUGUCUAGAAAUAGCUCAGAUGAAAGAAGUGGUAGCUACACAACUCGGAGGUUUAGAUGGACAGGUGCGAGAGGGAGGGGAAAACCUGAGUUGUGGACAACGGCAGCUGCUGUGCCUUGCUCGUGCGAUAUUACACCGCGCUGCUCUCCUUGUCAUGGAUGAGGCCACUAGUUCACUGGACUCAGUCACUGAGCAGAAGCUGCUACAAGUGGCAGCUCAAGCGUUUGCUAAUAGGACGGUCAUCACUAUUGCUCACAGACUAUCCAGUCUGCUCAGCUGUGAUCGUGUGUUGGUUCUGGAUUCUGGUCGGGUGGUGGAAGAUGGAAGCCCAUCACAACUUCUUGCACAAAAGUUGGGCAUUUUUUUCCUCCAUGUUGCGAGCAGGACAGGAUUCAACGUGACAUACUUGUAAAUAAUAUUUCUAGUCAUCCUCUUGAAAGAUCUUUUUAUUAAGAAUAAGGUGUACUAUUUUAUAACCACAUUGUGAUUUGUAGACAUUAAUUUUUC